CAGGCAAAAUAUGCCCUGCGCAAAACCUCCUGCGCGCCAAACACUAUCUCUGUCAUCAUCAGCAUCCUCGUCGUCGUCGUCUUCAUCUUCUCUGCAAGUUUUAUCCCGAGUUAACUCGAUUUUCGAUUGAAUUUGAAUUCUUCUGUGUAUACAUUUGCCAAAACAUAAAUGAAAUUGGCGGCCAUGGCUUCAUCGCUGGCGAACGGCGAGAGAGCCGUGGUUGUUUUCUUCAUAUCUCAAAUUAUUUUUUCUGCUCCAUUCUCUCUCCUCCAUGAAGCUCUCUCUCUUUCUAUUCUCUCUUUCUUCGCCCUAUCCGUCGAGAUCUCCGCCGAAUUCUCCUCCGAAUCCCUCGCACAAUUCAAGUCCAGGGCAGGUGCUUCGUCGGGGAUUCUUCUGGGGGCGGUUACGCUGCCCGGUCUUAUGUUCUCAAGGUUGAUACAGCUAUUGAGAGCUGUGUCAUUACACGAAAUAGACUCUGAAGAGCUUGAAUAUCUGCGGUUGCAAUAUUGGGCCACGUCGGCCUGCUGCUUCGGGGUGCUUUUCUUCUUCUACUUCAUCGUUCCCCACCUUCCCAAUGAUAAUCAUUCCAUAUCUUUCCAUAGCGACUGGAGCACCAAAUUUAGCUUAAGCUUCAUAGCCCUGUAUGCAGCUGUGUUCUGUGUAUCUUUCGCUACGAAAUUUCAUUGUGGCGGGUACACUGCAGUAAUGUUAUUGUGGGUACUCUGUCAUGGAUUGGCAGCAGUAAAAUUAAUUCAGCACGUGCUUCAUACUUUUCCAGCAUGUGCGUCUAUUGGGGAAGCGCUUUUGGUGACCACUGGUCUUGUUAUCUAUUUUGGAGAUAUGCUUGCAUGUACGGUUGUAAAGAUUAAUGGAUACUUGGCAUCCUCAGAAAUAGUUUUUGUGCAAUAUGUAAUCAGAAGAAGUGAGAUAAGCACCAUUAUUCAGGGCAUGCUGCUUGGUCUGCUUCUUUUUCCAAUGUUCCUUAAAUUUUCUCUCCAGGUCUGGGAAUGUUGUACAAGUUCAGCUCAUGUUGAACAUAGAGCAUACCAUGAGAUUGGAAGAACUGUUAUAUUUUGUGCAUUGCUGGCAUUUAUCUUUAUUUUGAUCAUUCCAUCAUGGAUGCAGUUUGUUCAAGAUUUUCCUGUCCAUCCUUGGUUAUGGAUUGUUAAUUUUGUUUUCUCAGAACCACUCAAGAGGCUCUCAUUGUGCAUCUACUGGGUGGUUGUUAUAUACGUAUCCGUGCUACGGUUUUAUAACAUUUCAAAAAAUAGUAAGAUCGAGAGAAUUCUUCUUCGAAAAUAUUACCAUCUGAUGGCUGUUUCAAUGUUUUUGCCUGCUCUUAUCUUCCAGUCGGCAUUUCUUGAACUGGCAUUUGGUGCAGCUUUGGCAAUUUUCUUAACGUUGGAAAUUAUUCGUGUAUGGAGAAUUUGGCCUUUGGGACACCUUGUGCAUCAAUUUAUGAAUGCUUUUACUGAUCAUCGUGACUCUGAUCUUCUUAUUGUCAGGUCUGACAUUUUUUCUCAUAAAAUCUGUGAGUAGCAUUUAUUUCUUGUAAACAAGAUGCAAUUCCUUUCCUUUGGACUUAUUUUUCUCUGUGUAGCCAUUUUUCACUCUUAUUGGGAUUUGCGCUUCCUAUCUGGUUUUCUUCUGGUUUCGAUGACCGCCCACUAGCCCCUUUUGCUGGGAUUUUGAGCCUUGGAAUUGGAGAUACGAUGGUGAGGGUUCUGGUUGUGAUGUCCUGUCAUUUUAAAAUUCUGGCUGUUUAGUUUUCUUAUUUGAGUAAUUUCACAAUAAAACAGCUUUCAUAGUUAUCUAAACCCGCAGGUGGCUAAGGUGUUUGAUAGAUUAUCUACUUUUUUGUAUCUUUGAUUGGGAGCCAAGGUAUAUUAGUCAAGUACUGAAUGAAUCAGGUUGAUAAACCACUUUAUUUUUCAAAAAGCCGA